AUGUGCUUCCUCGACAUUGACGACAGACCGGGGCCCGGCGUGCGAGUCGUCGAAUAUCGCCCGGGGACCCUUCGAGUCUCCAUGCCAGGUCCUCGUCGGCGCAGAAGCAGCUGCAGUAGCGGUAGUAGCAGUGACAGUGGCAGCUCCAGUUCCAGCCCAAGCAGCAGCAGCUCGAGCUGUCAUAGUAGCAGCAACAGCAGCAGUAGCGAUGAUACCACCGUUGUCAUUGCGCCAAGUCCUUUGCAUCACCAUCAUCAUCGAUACCAGCGCUACUCCUGGUAUGCGCGCUCAAAGUCACCAGAACCAGAGUCAUCAUAUACAACCGUGCAAAGAACGAGAGUGCGCACGCGGUCUGAGUCGAUCAUUCCUUUCAGGAGAAGAUUCUUUGACAGUCCGCCUCGUUCGCCGUCUCCGGUGUAUAGGUGUGUGAGAUAUGUUGAGCCCGGGGGCUGGGGACGAUCGCGUUUGCACCAUCCGGGGAGAGUCUGGGAGGAGGAGAAGGAACCGGCCCGCCACCGCUUCAGGAUGUCGACCUUCCGCGGUCUGCAGGCGGCGCCCGAGCUGAGCAGGAAGAUGAGCCGCAUCGUCAAACAAGAGAACUCGGUCAUCUCCGCCCACGAGGCAGCCGGCCGCGAGCGCGUCAACAUCGCCGCCCAGCUAUCAGAAUGGGGCGAAGGCACCGAGGACGACGCCGUCUCCGACAUUUCCGACAAGCUCGGUGUGCUGAUGGCAGAGAUCGGCGAGCAGGAGGACAACUUUGCGCAGAGCUUGGAGGACUACCGGAGUAUCUUGAAAUCGAUUCGGGACACGGAAACUUCAGUGCAACCAUCGCGCGAUCACAGGGCGAAGAUCGCGGAUGAUAUUCAGCGGCUUAAGCUGAAGGGGGAGCAGAGCAAUGCCAAGGUGGAAGUUCUCGAGCAGGAGUUGGUGCGGGCUGAGGCAAAUAAUCUGGUUGCAGAGGCUCAAUUGACCAAUGUGACCAGACAGAAGCUCAAGGAGGCUUUUGAUAUCCAUUUGGCUGCAAUCAUUGAGCGCGGAGAGAAGCAGAUUCUGCUCGCGCGUCAUGCUCGCCGUCUCCUCAACUAUCUCGACGACACUCCAGUCGUCCCUGGUGACGCACGACAGCCCUAUGAGCAUGCCGAUGAAGCAAGGCAGAUCCUUGAGGCUGCCGAGAAUGACCUAAAGUCUUGGGAGAGCACCGUCGAACCCAUCCAUACCUCUGCGGGAGAGACCUCUGGCACGACUUUACUGCCCACUGGAGCAGGUAGAGGCCAGGAAGCUCAAGGAGAUGGGUUAACUGGAGCCAAUGGUAAUGUCAACGAGACGGGCACCGACGGCGUCCCACACGAAAAGUUGGAUGACCAACAGGUCUCAGGCGCCACCGGAACGCAGCCCGUUGCUGUACCAUACUGA